UACUCGUGUGGUCUUUGUGACUUCCACCAUGGUGUACUGCAGCCAGGGCCAGAAGGUCCAGAAGGUGAUGGUGCAGCCCAUCAACCUCAUCUUCAGAUACUUGCAAAAUAGGUCUCAGAUUCAGGUGUGGCUAUAUGAGCAAGUGAAUAUGCGGAUAGAGGGUUGUAUUAUUGGCUUUGAUGAAUACAUGAACCUCGUAUUAGAUAAUGCCGAAGAGAUUCACUCUAAAGCACAGUCAAGGAAACAACUGGGUCAGAUCGUGCUGAAAGCAGACAAUAUUACUCUGCCUCAAAGUGUUUCCAACUAG